GUGAUUAAGGACACAGUGCAUGGGCAGCCACCUGAAGACAUCCCUUUCGCACCCAGCCUUUCCCUUUCUCUUUUUUGCCUUUCCGACGUUGUAUUGGGUCCGACGAGGCGUCCAUGGAAAGAACGAUAUCAUCAGCCGGGCGAGAAGAAAGCAAGCACCCUUAAAAGAACCCAGCUCCAGAGCUCCGCACCGGCAGCGAGAUGAAGAGAUUCGCGUCGGAAUUGGAUCUGGAGGCGUUACUGCAACCGGUCGGCGGCGAGACCGAUGACCAUCAUCGGCCACAACCGCCCCCGGCCGCGAUAGAGGACCUCCUCCUCCCCGCGGCGGCCUCGCAGAAGCCCGGAGGAGACCCCUUCGCCGACGUCUGCGGCGACUUGGGUUUCCCUUUCGGCGAUCGGGAGACGUUAAGCAGUCAUUCGACUGGUGUUCUCCAGGCAGGGAGUCAGCAGUUGUGGUCUCAGAAUCCCACCCCCAAGCACUCCAGCAUUUCUGCAACCAUCGAGUCCCAAUCUUCCAUUUGUGCUGGUACCCCAACUUCAGCUCAUAAGCCUAAAGGUAGAGAGAAUCAAGCUCCAGGAGGAACAAGUGGUUCUGAGCAGUCAGAUGACGAAUCAUUCGAAUUCGAGCCUGGGUCAUGCGAACAAAGCACAAACGUUUCUGAUUUGAAGCGCAUGAGAAGGAUGGUAUCCAACCGCGAAUCUGCGAGACGCUCCAGGAAGAGAAAGCAAGCACAUUUAGCUGAUCUCGAGUUGCAGGUUGACCAACUUAGAGGAGAAAAUGCAUCUUUAUUCAAGCAACUAACAGAUGCCAAUCAACAAUUCACUGAAGCUGCUAGAGAUAACAGGGUUCUCAAAUCAGGUGUGGAAAAUUUGAGAGUCAAGGUAAAGAUGGCAGAAGAUUUGGUUACUAGAGGGUCGUUAACUUGUAGUCUAGACCAUCUCCUUCAAAGCAACAGUGGAUCACCCCAGUAUCUAAAUACUCGACAGCCAUGUCGAGCAUUAUCAGAUGUCCUUUCAACCUUGGAUUUCCAAGGUGAUGACACUUGCUACACUGGUAUGUCGGCGGCUGGACAAGUUCAAAGCAUAGCAAUGGAGAAUAGUCAGAACAAGAAUGGGGGUAUCAGGUCUAGAAUGAAUCACAGCUUGCCACUGGAAAGCAUCCCAGGAUUGGAAAACCUACAGAACAGACACUCCAGUGAAGUAACAAACAGCGGGGCUGACAUUUGGACAUGGGAUUCCCAUACAAAUGCAAUGCCCAAGCUUUGAAUUCCAUUCACUAAACAGUGGAAGACUAGUAUUGUCAAACUCUGUCUAGUAACUUUAAAUAUGCUACUUUCUCAACUUUCUUUUCAUAAUGCAAUGAGCUUUAUCUUUUCAUCA